UAGCCAGAGAGGCUAAUUGGCAGCGCGCAUCACAGCAUAGAGAAGCUGCUGUCUUCAGCAAAAUGGCCGACCGUUUCUCUAGGUUCAACGAAGACCGUGAUUUCCAGGGCGGGAGCCACUUUGACCAAUACGAAGAUGGGCAUGUGGAGGUGGAGCAGGCGUCCUUGGACAAGCCCAUCGAAUCGCACAACAUCGGGCACCGGCUGCUUCAGAAACAUGGCUGGAAGUUGGGGCAAGGCCUUGGCAAAACCAUGCAGGGACGCACGGACCCUGUGCCUAUCAUUGUUAAAUAUGAUGUCAUGGGGAUGGGACGAAUGGAGAUGGAGAUGGACUAUGCAGAGGAUGCCACAGAGAAAAGACGAGUCCUUGAAGUAGAGAAGGGAGAGACAGAAGAACUACGGCAGAAGUACAAGGAUCAGAUAGAGAAGGAGAAAGCCAUCGCAAAAGGUUUGGAAGACCUGAGAGCAAACUUCUACUGCGAGCUGUGUGACAAGCAGUACACCAAACACCAGGAAUUUGACAACCACAUCAACUCCCACGACCACGCCCACAAGCAGAGGCAAAAGGAGCUGAAGCAGCGAGAGUUUGCACGGAGUAUCUUACGUUCUCGAAAAGGUGGGAAGAAGAAGAAAAUGCUGCGCGGUAUGCAAGAGCUGGCUGAGCAGAGAAAACAACCAGACCAAACUCCGGGAAGUGGUCCCAUGUUUAAAACCACCACGAUGGUUGUGGACGGCAAGAAGGCAGAAUACAACAACGUCUUUGCCCCCGAGAGCACCGCUCCCUUGCGAGCGAUCGCCACAGAGAUCCCCGUUCCAGACAAAACUCGCCAUGCCUCCCCUAAGCCGACCCCGACGUUUCGCUUCUCCCUGGGCAUGAACAAGGGCUCUUCCCCAGCAGCUAGCGCUACCUCCAAAGUCAGUGUGUCGUUCUCUUUCGCCAAGAAAACUCCCAUCAAAUUGGAGACGGCAGCGGCGGCGGCGUUCGCGGACCAUGGUGAAGAGGCUGUGGAGGGAGAAAGGCCCGCAUCGCAAGAUGAAGCAUCGGCCUACGAUGCCGACAGCCCUAAAGGAGGAUCGCGUGGAAGUGAUGGAGGGAAUCCCAGUAGUGCAGCCAUGACGGAGGAGGUGCAACAGCAACAACAGAACGACGGAAGCUCCUUGGCCUCCACUCUGAACAAACUAAAAAUGAUGAUGAAGAAGGAGGAGGGAUACAAGGGACAAGAGCCUCAGUACUACCACUACAUGCCUCCAUCCCACUGUCGAGUGAAGCCCCAUUUCCAGUUCCUGCUCUUCAUGAAGGCAACAGAUCAGGCUCAAAGCAAAGAGGAGGAUGAGGUGCAGGAGGAGAAGUUUAAUCCAUCAAUCAAUCAAAGGUUAUUUAUAUAGCCCUAAAUCACCAGUGUCUCAAAGGAUUACACAAACCACAACGACAUCCUCGGUAGAGCCCACAUAAGGGCAAGGGAAACUCACUUCAGUGGGACGUCGGUGACAGUGACAGUGAUGACUAUGAGAAACCUUGGAGAGGACCGCAUAUGUGGGCAACCCCCCGCCCCCCCUUGGGGACCGAAAGCAAUGGAUGUCGAGCGGGUCUAACUUGGAAUUGUGAAAGUCCAAUCCAUAAUGGAUCUAACACAGGGGUGUCAAACGUACGCCGGCCCGCGAACAGGUUUUAUCCAGCCCGCGGGAUGAGUUUGCUAAAUAUAAAAAUGAGCCGAAAUUUUUGAAUUAAAUAAACUGCUGUUCUGAAUGUGUCCACUAGAUGUCACAAUAGCAAUUCUGUGUAUGUUUGUAGAUCAGGGGUCGGCAACGCGGCUCCUGUGCCACAUGCAGCUAUUUUAUCACUCUGAUGUGGCUCAGCAGCAUACUUGCCGGCCCUCAAGAUUUUUCCAAGAGGUUGUCCGGAUUUCAGUGCUUUUCCCAGUAAUAUCCCUGGGCUAACAUUCUCCGUUUUUCACCCACAUAACUAUUUUGAGGGCGUGUCGUGGUGACAAUGCGUGUAACGUUCUCUUACACAUAUCGUUGCGGCCGCCUUCACGCCAUGCUAUCUGCGUGCCAGCCGGUCACAUGUAGCAUGCGACCCCAGAUUGCACAUAUCAAUUGCAAGGCAUACUUGUUCAACAGCCACACAUGUUACACUGAUUGUUGUGAUAUAAAUAACUUUAACACUUACUAAUAUGCGCCACACUGUGAACCCACACCAUACAAGAAUGACAAACACUUUUCGGGAGAAUAUCCGCACUGUAACACAUAAACACAACAGAAGAAAUACCCAGAAUCCCAUUCAUCUCUUCCGGGCUACAUUAUACACCACCGCCUCCCCACAACCACGCCCACCUCAACCCAUGCACAGUGGGGGGUGGUGUAUAACGUGGCCUGGAAGAGAUGCAUGGGAAUCUGGGUAUUUCUUCUGUUGUUUAUGUUGUGUUACAGUGCGGAUGUUCUCCCGAAAUGUGUUUGUCAUUCUUGUUUGGUGUGGGCUCAGUGUGGCGCAUAUUAGUAAGAGUGUUAAAGUUAUUUAUAUCACAACCAUCAGUGUAACGUGUGGCUGUUGAACAAGUAUGCCUUGACUUACGUGUGUCUGCAGUUACCACAAUCCACAUGUGACUGGGCUGGCGAGCAGUUAGCACAGGUUGUAGGGGGCGUUAAAGGGUCCCCCAUCAUAGCAUGCCCUCAUUAUUGUUGUCAGGGUGAACACCAGCAGACAUUCGCCAGAAUAGAUGCUCUGAAAUUCCAACGUCUCCCGGAAAAAUUAGGAGAGUUGGUAAGUGUGAUGCUGUCAAGCGGUAUUCAUAUAAAUCUCGUGAGCCGCACUAACAUUAAAUGUUCAUAUUAAGGUGCGGGCCGCGUGUCUGAGACCCCUGGUUUAGACAUAGCACAAAGCAAAAAAAAAACUGUAUGCAGUGUUAUUUCAUUUUAAAUUUCAAAAGACUUUUGUGGGUCCCAUUGUUUUUCUUUAUUUUGUGAAACCUGUCAAAAUAGCUAUUUGAGUGGUAAAGGUUGCCGACCCCUGUUGUGGAUGAUGUUACAUAUGGAAAAACAAACACAUAAUGUUAAUGCAGCAGUUGAGGAAAAUUAGCAAACUACAUAAAUAACAUCCUGUAAUUUGAUGUUGAUAUUUUGUUAUCUUGAUAGAUUGAAAAUAAACACCAAUGAGUGGACUGAUGAACAUUAUCACAUUAUUUAUUCAGAAAGUAUAAACAACGACUAGAGAUGUCCGAUUAUGGCUUUUUUGCCGAUAUCUGAUAUUACGAUAAUUACUGAUUCCGAUAUCAACCGAUACCGAUAUAUACAGUUGUGGAAUCAACACAUUAUUUUGCCUAAUUUUGUUGUGAAAUCUGAAGUUGUCUUUGUUUUUAAGUUAUCGUGCUGUGAUUUUACCAGUCCGGCUCACUCGGGAGUAAAUUUUUCUCCAUGUGGCCCCCCACCCCCAUCUAAAAUGAGUUUGACACCCCUGAGCUAGAUUAUUAUUAUAACUUUACACUACCGUGAGCGCAGUUUCGUUUUGACGUAAAUGCAGAAAUUAAGUUGAAGCUUCUUUUACAAAUAAACAAUACAUACUUGCA